ACUUUUGAACUCUCAUCUCUCACCUUUAGAUAACUGCCACGUGAUUUCAGGUUCCACAUUGCCCCUGUUAUGUUUGAACUCCCUCAUCAUCCUUCAUCAAUCAUCAAAUUAAAAAUGGAUUAAAAAGUGCUUUCUCGGUUUUCCUGAAAGAACAACCUUUAUGCUUUUGUCCAUUUCUGCACUGCUAAAAAUUGUUUCAAAAUUGAACAAGAAAAGAAAGAAGCUUCUCUUGACAACAAGUUAUUCCUCACUCAUUCUCCUUCAAUAAGGACACACCCAAUGAAUCUUCUUCUUCUGUUGUUGUUGCCUAUUUGGGUGCUAAGCAUUUCUCUUUCCUCACCAAUUCUUCAUGCUGCAAAUGCACAAGCUGAAUCUCCAGGAAUUCAGGAGGUUAACAUAGUGCACCACCAGAAUUUGAAUAAGAGAAUUCUAAUCGCACUAAUUGCUUGUUCUGCUCUUCUGGGUGGAGUCUUCCUAUUCUUAUUAUAUGUGUGUUUCCGUCGACAUCAAAACUUAAUAUGCUCCAGUAGUAAAAGCCAAGAAACCAUUGAGGAUGCAAAAGGGGAAGCAUUAAGCUCGGUUAAUGCAAAACUUAACUACUCUAGGAUGGCAGAUAAGAAGAGUUCAGUUGCUAUUUUUGACUAUCAGCUGUUAGAGGCUGCAACAAACAGCUUUAGCACAAGUAAUAUUAUGAGAGAGAGUGGUUCUAGAAUUGUUUACAGAGCUCGUUUUGAUGAACAUUUCCAAGCAGCUGUGAAGAAAGCAGAUAGUGAUGCUGAUAGAGAAUUUGAGAAUGAAGUGAGUUGGUUGAGCAAGAUACGGCAUCAGAAUAUCAUAAAACUUAUGGGCUAUUGUAUUCAUGGUGAAUCGAGGUUUCUUGUUUAUGAAUUGAUGGAGAAUGGAUCUCUGGAAACUCAAUUGCAUGGGCCUAAUCGGGGUUCAUCUUUAACUUGGCAUCUCAGGUUAAAAAUUGCUGUUGAUGUUGCCAGAGCAUUAGAAUAUCUCCACGAGCACUCCAAUCCUCCUGUGGUUCAUAGAGACCUAAAAUCUUCUAAUGUUCUUCUGGAUUCUAACUUUAAUGCCAAGUUAUCAGAUUUUGGAUUUGCUAUGGUUUCUGGAAUGCAACACAAGAACAUGAAGAUGUCAGGAACUUUAGGAUAUGUGGCCCCCGAGUACAUAUCACAUGGUAAAUUAACUGACAAGAGUGAUGUCUAUGCUUUUGGGGUUGUUCUUCUGGAACUUCUAACGGGGAAAAAACCCAUGGAGAACAUGUCCACGGAUCAAUAUGAAUCCCUUGUAUCAUGGGCCAUGCCCCAGCUAACUGACAGAUCAAAGCUUCCAAGUAUUCUGGAUCCUGUUAUCAGAAACACAAUGGAUUUGAAGCAUUUAUAUCAGGUUGCUGCAGUGGCUGUACUCUGCGUGCAAGCAGAACCAAGUUAUAGGCCAUUAAUAACAGAUGUGUUGCACUCUCUCAUCCCUUUGGUACCCGUUGAGCUUGGAGGGUCACUAAGAGUUACAGAACCAAUCAGCUCAGACAACUCUCAAUGAUGUUGGACAAUUGCGUUUUCAUUUUUCAACUAUGGUAUUUGUGCACUCUUUUAACAUUUAUUAUUAUUAUUAUAAUUAUAAUUAUUACAAAGAGGAAUAUACAAUUGUAAUUAUUCAUGAUUGCGAUUAGGUUCUUCUUUUAGUCGUAAAUCAUGGUGAUCUUACCAUCUUUACAAGUUAUGAGGACACUAUAGGAUUAAAUUUUUGUGGCCGUCUAACUGAAAGAUGCUUUUUGUGAGUUGUGUUGCGGGAGUAUUAAGGACCAA